CGACAACUAAGAAUAAAAGAAAUGGUGCAACUUCUUGUAAAUAAUAAUUUAUCAGAGCUUGAAGAUUUAUAUCUAAAUUCGAACGAAUGGAAUAAAAUGUGUGAUCUAUUAACUAUCCUGCAGCCAAUAUAUGAAGCCACUAUUUUUUUGUCCUCAGCUUCUCAUCCAACUGUUAGUGACAUUCAGUCAGGGUAUAUCGUCAACAAAAUAAGCCAUCAAAACUCCUUUGAAGAAUUAAACAAUUAUCUAGAACUUCCUCUAGAAGAAAAUACUGAUCCUUUAUCAUGGUUAAAAACGUAUCAAACAAGAUACCCAAUUCUUUCAAGGCUUGCAAAGAACUAUCUAACUAUUCAAGCUACUAGUAUUCCCUGCCUUGGUCUAGGUCAAACUGAAGAUAUGAUA